GGCUUUUCAGUCGCAGGAAGGAGAGGCGAUUGAUUGUAGGCUACGGUAAGAGAGCUGCUCUUGUGACCAACACACAAAGGGAUAUCGAAAAUCGCAACUAUGGGCGUCAAAUUAUAUUAUACCACUGUUACUGCAUCCAGAGAGGUGAAAUCUCAGCAAGCGGAGGUGAUGAGGAUCCUGGAGAGUAAGAGUAUCCAGUACGAGCUGAUUGACAUCUCAGUGGGCGGAGAGGUCAGGGAUGAGAUGAGAAGCAAGGCGGGGAACCCCACGGCUGUCCCGCCACAGAUCUUCAAUGAGGACCAGUACUGUGGGAACUAUGACAUGUUUUCAGACGCAGUGGAGGAGGACAAAGUGGAACAAUUUCUGAAGAUGGCGUGAUGAGGAAGAGUUGUGUGUCGUCUUCCCCCCCCCAAGGCAGGCCCGUUGACUAACCCCCUGCCCCGCUGGCGGUGCUCACCCUCUUUUGUCUCAAUGCAGUGAUGAAUGCCAAAUACAACCAACCAAUCAAGACACACACCUGUUCCCACCCUGCUGGACUCUUACCUAACCACUGUUAAUUGAAUUGUUUUUUUUAUACGGGCACUUAUGCUCUCUCUGCUUUCUUCGUCAUUGUUUCCCUUUGUGGUCCUUCCUGGUCAGGACCUGGGUUCAAAUACUUUUAAAUAAUUUCAAGUACUAAAGUCGUGUUUGAUUUAAGCUUUCCUGUUGCAAUUGAACCAAUAGAAAAGGCUAAAAAGGCCAAACCCCACCCACCUGGCACUCCAUGCAGACUAAAGCAAAUGCUCAUAGAUUUGGAAUGGUAUUUGAACCCAGGUCUGCCUGGUCCAACGUGUUCAUGUCACUAAUCAGUCUUAGUCUGCUUUGUGGGAUCAGUGGAACUGCCCAAUCUAGAUGUGUGGUAAUUAGGUCAGGUAAUCUGGGCUGCCAACACGUGAUUAAUGAACAUCCACUAAUCCAGAGGCUAACAUUUACCAGGAAUCUAUGUUCAUGAUCGUUCCCUUGCCCAAGAGGAGAAUUGUACUUGUUUUUUUUCUUUCACCGAUUGGUCUUUAAAACCGUCACCGCAGAUAUUUUUCAGAGCUGAUCUGAUUGGUCUAAAUGCAGCCCAUGAUGAAAAUAGGGGGGCAAUUUCAGACCAAACAAUGCUUGGUUAUUAUCACUUAAUCUUAUUUACAGUGUUUGUCAUUCUUUUUUUUCUUAUCUGGCCUUCUUGACUCACAUGAUGUUCAUUUCGACAGACGGAAGCCAUUUUGAAACAUACUUGGGCCUACUGUAGGUGACUGUAGUCUGGAGAAUGAGGAAGCCAACAAUCACAGAACCUUAAAGAAAUGUGAAUUGUGGUAGAGAGAGAAUAAGUUAAUUGGAUUCUACUUUGGUCCAAAACAUUUCAAUGCUUAGCAGACUAAUGGUGUCUAUGGUCCAUGCUGGAAAAGUGACUCCACUGUGGAAAGUUGUACAGUAGAUGGUUAAAACAGACAGCAUUCCAUAGUGUUGAACUUGGUGCCAAUAAAUGUGUUUUCCUGAUGGAUACAGUCAGCUUUGGCCUCCCAAUAUAGUCUUAUUUUACUCUGUUAAUGCAUUCCAAAGAGAAUGGCCUGAUCCUCAAUCACUGCUCUUCCAGAAAUAGACAUGUUAUGGGACAUUGUUGCAAAACUAUGUUACACUGUUACUGGCACUACAACUGUACAUCCUUACUAUAAGAGAGCUGAGCUUGAGUACUAGAACCCCUGAAUUUACAAUCUGUUGACUGUUUUGGACCUUCAGUCCUGAUCUAGCUGUGAAGUCCCAUCUCGAUCCAGCUUGAAGAUGCAAUCGAUAACUAUGCACUUAACUCUGCCUCAUACUCCCACUGUUGUACUGACUCUUGGCUACUGAGUGGGAAAACAUGUUUCAGACUGAACUGACUCAUUCUCAGCCUUAGAUAAAACUCACUCACCACAUGAGGACGUUGAAGGCCUUACUUUUAUUGCUUCAGGUGUCUACUACUCUGCUGGGUUUUCUUCCAUGGGAUGUUGUGAAAAACGUAUGUGCCGUUUCAUGUGUAGAGUCUCACAUAUUGUUCAUCCUUGUAAAAAAAUAUAUAUAUUUAAAAAAAGUUUUAGAAAAAUAUUGCCCCUCUCAAUGUAAUCCCUGUAUUUGAGUAUACCUAUCACUAUAACCCUUGGUUCCACACAGGAACAGGUGAAUUUGGGCAACGCGACACCACACACAUAGUAUAUUUGGGUAUGUAGGUGUGGGACCUCUACUUUGUAAUGGCAGCAUUAACAGACCAUGUUUGUGCACUGUUUUGUCAGUUGACGGCGGUAGAUGUCUUAUUGGUUCACUAUCAACUAAAUGUUCAACAUUUCAUGUCAUACUUCGUCUUUGAGCUCCUGCUUUGCGUUUUGGGCCAAAAUAAAGAAAACAUGUAAUAUACAGAAUGAGAUGUCUUCCAAGAAGAUUGUGGAAAAAGGGUCAAAUAAAAUGGAAUGUCAAAGUC